UCUUUUUAAGGAAUAUACGAUGUAUCCCAUGCAGAAUUCGCAUUUCCCAAAUAUGCCUGAUUUAUCGCACUUAUGCACUUUGCCGCGACGGAAACAAAGGCGGAUAAUUGGAGAGUACUUGUAUCCGCUAAUUUGUAACAUGUACCCGAAUUUCAUGCCUCACAAGCUCACUGAUAUCCUACUGGAUCUCAAUUCUAUCGGUACAUUGAUUGAUAUGAUAAAUGAUCCCACGGUCUUCGCCAUGAAACUCGGGGAGGCUAUCAACGUGCUCCAAACUUAUUUUGCUGUUAUGACUUUGUCAGAAAGAACCUGACCCAAACGGUCGAGGAACAAUAAUAGUCACUGCGAUGAUUUUUUCAUGGUUAUAUGAUUUUACUUAAAUUAUAAAAUGUCUAAUCAUAUUACCCUGAUAGCAGAAUAUAAGUGUGCAAAAUCAUGUAAAUGUGUCGCUGAAAAUAAUUUAUGUAUAAUAUUGUUGCCACAAACAUUGUGUAAACAUGAAUCGUAGCUCUGUUUAGGAUUCAUACUUUACAGCAAAGAUAUGUAAAUUGUUGCUGCAAACUGUUUGCAGCAAUAAUAUGUAAAUUGCUUCCAUUAAUAAUAUGUAAACUGUACACCGAAUGAAACCUCCAGGCGUAAACUGUUGCUGGGAAAAUGUAACGAAUAAUGAAUACCGUUGCUUGAAACAAAUUCAAUACAAUUCCUGAGCAUUUGCGGGCGCAGCUUUACAUGCAAUGUUAUUUAUGCAAACGCUUGUCAGUUUACGGGCAUAUUUCAUAAAUAUAACAGGAUAGUUAUAGUGUCAAUCAUACUUGUAUGCAAACAUAUAUGCACAUAUUUAAAUUAGUGUCUAAUUUGUAUAUAUAUGCAUAUUGUUAAUAACAUAAAGAAAGAAUUGUCAUAC